AUGCGCACGUCGUUGCUGUUUCUGUUGGUUUCGACUCUGGGCACAAGCUAUACUGCGGCUUCGGGACCAGUCCGUCGUAGCGUUACUGCGUUAUCCGCCACUGAACUUGCCUCGUUCGCGCCGUUCACGCAAUUUGCCAGGGCGGCAUAUUGUGGAUCAGAUGCUUUGAAGGACUGGAGUUGCGGGGAGGCUUGUGAUGCUGUGUCCGACUUCGAACCUACCCUUGUAGGUGGUAAUGGAAAUGAUGUCCAAUACUUCUUCGUUGGGUACUGGCCAUCCGAGGAUGCCAUAGUUGUAGGGCAUGAAGGCACCGACCCAACCCAGUUUGAGUCUGUAUUGACAGACAUCGACGCCCUCCAGGACAACCUAGAUGCAGAUCUUUUCCCUGGUGUCUCCAGUGAUGUUUAUGUGCAUGGCGGUUUCAGGGAUGCACAGGCCGAGACAGCCAGCGAAAUUCUGGCUGAAGUUCAGUCGCUCAUCGCAUCCAAGGGAACCAGCAAUUUAAUUUUUGUUGGACAUUCACUGGGUGGCGCUCUGGCCGAACUUGACGGCCUUUUCUUCGCUCUGAAUAUACCCUCUGCGACUAUCAAGGUUAGGACUUACGGAACGCCACGUGUCGGGAACGCGGCCUUUGCAGAGCUGAUCGAUUCUAAAACGCCGGACUUCAAGCGGAUUAACAACAAGCAUGAUCUCAUCCCUAUACUGCCUGGCAGAGGCCUCGGGUAUUCCCACCCUGAAGGCGAGAUUCAUAUUCUCGCACCAGGUUCAGCUGUUGCUUGUCCGGGUAACGAUGAUGCGACUGACUCUCAAUGCCAAAUCGAAACGGUUCCAAACAUUUUUGCGGGAAAUAUAAUCGAUCACCUUGGUCCUUACGAGGGCAUUUAUAUUGGCACAAUAUUUUGUUAUUAA